AAUUCUGAAGCGGAGACUUCAACCAAUAAGGCUGAAGCCUGAAUCAAAGUCUUCAGUCUUGUAAAUCGAACCUCUCUCCACUGAACACUUAUUCCGGCGACUAUGGAAGAUCACCACCACCACCACCACCGCCCAAAUCGUAUAACCCUCCCGCCUCGCUCCGCCGUACCCACCGCCGCAACCCCUACUCCACGCACAUACCCCCUCUUCCCGUACCCUUCCACCCCGACACCGACCCCAUCCAAACACCGAUUUUCUUUAGCCAAAUCCUCCGCCUCAGCCGGCGGCGCGUCGUCCUACUCCUUCCUCCUGCUCCUCCUAUUCUCCCUCCGUUCGCUCUACUCACUCCUCCCCUUCCUACGCGCUUCCCCUCCAUCUUUCUCCAUAUUCCCUUUCUCCUUUCUCGUCUCUCUCUUGUCAUUUCUUCUCACCCUCUCCUUCUCUCUAUUUUCGCCGAUUUUCGGUAAAGUUUCUCCUUACGAAAAAUCGCAGCGCCCAAUUUUUUCUCUCACUUCAAUCACUCAAUCCCAGCACAAACUCCUCGCCGCUAAAUCACUUCUCCUCGCCGUUAUAUUCUUGCUGAGAUUUCAGGCCUUAAGAUACUGCGGCACGGCUGCGAUGAUUCUAGCCGAAUUAUCCGGAAAUGUGGCUGCCCGUUAUAUGGGAGACGGUAAAAAUCGGAACUUUAUUGGUAGAAAUCCGAUUGGAUCAUCAAAGGUGCGUGGGUUUAUUGCUCUAUUUUCCGGGUUGAUUUUGUUGUCUGUUAGCUGGGAUCGAAUCGAAUGCUUUCCUUUGUCACAUGUGAAUAUUAAGAGCAGAGGCUUUUUAUCAUUUCCUAGUGCAAACUGUUUGAGAAUUUGGCCAAUGGUGCUCCCUUUCUUGUCCGGGUUUUUGGGGUGUUACGAAAGGGCUCUGUCGAAUUGGGGGGGAAUUCGCGAGCUAGGGCAAAAAAGGGUUCGAUUGAUCACUUUAUUUUUCACCACGGUUGCGCUUUUAUUACCCGCUGUGAUUAGUAUGUUUGUGUUCGAAGCAGAAGGCGAUAGUAUAUCCGUGUCGAGCCUCGGCUGGCCUUUGGCGAACACUGUCGUUUUCGGUGUUCUUUUGAGCGAAAAUUACACCGACGACAAAUUUGCUGCUUCGAAAGAUAUUCAGAGGGAGUAUUUCGUGACGUUCGCGUGCACUCUUGUUUUGGAAUUGUUCUAUUUCCCUGAGCUUUCGCUGUGGGGUUUGCUGAUUUGUGGGUUUCUGAUGUGGGUUUCCGUCCGGGAAUUGAAUCCUAUUUACAUUAAUUACCCCGAAUUGGGUUUUGAAUCGUCCGAACCGUUUAGUACGGCUGUGAUGAAACCCAUUAGGCACAUUUUGAGCGAGAGGAAAUCGCGCAAAAUCGCCCUGUUUUUAUUGAUAAACACCGCGUACAUGGUUGUCGAAUUUGCGGCUGGUUUUAUGAGUAACAGCCUCGGGUUGAUAUCCGAUGCUUGUCACAUGUUGUUCGAUUGUGCAGCUCUUGCUAUCGGUUUGUACGCUUCGUAUAUUUCGAGAUUGCCUGCGAAUAGCCAGUUCACCUAUGGCCGUGGCAGAUUUGAGGUUCUCUCGGGUUAUGUCAAUGCCGUCUUUCUGGUUCUUGUCGGAGCGUUAAUCACGCUCGAGUCGUUCGAGCGGAUUUUAGACCCUCAAGAAAUUUCCACCGCCAGUUUGCUAUCUGUUUCGAUCGGUGGGCUGGCUGUGAAUAUCGUAGGGCUUAUCUUCUUUCAUGAGGAACAUCAUCAUGCCCAUGGUGGAUCUUCAUCGUGUUCCCAUUCCCAUACUCAUGUGGAUGCUCAUUCCCAUUCCCAUGACCAUUCCAAUUCCAAUUCCCAUUCCCAUUCCCAUGACCAUUCCAAUUCCCAUUCCCAUGACCAUUCCAAUUCCCAUUCCCAUGACCAUGACCAUUCCCAUGGCCAUGACCAUGCCCAUAACCAUUCCCAUGACCAUGCCCAUUGCAAUUCUCAUUCCCAUGCCCAUAACCAUUCCCAUGACGAUUCCCAUGGCCAUGCGCUCUCUCAUGACCAUGGACAUGGUCAUGCUGACAAGGAUAAGAAGAAGCAUCAACAUGUGGACCACAACAUGCAAGGAAUCUUCUUACAUGUACUGGCAGAUACUUUGGGAAGCGUUGGGGUGGUUAUUUCGACCCUAUUGAUCGACUACAAGGGCUGGCUGAUUGCGGACCCCGCCUGCUCGAUAUUUAUUUCCGCAUUGAUUGUGUCGUCGGUGAUUCCAUUGCUCAGAAAUUCAGGAGAAAUCUUGCUGCAGAGGGUACCGAGAUCUUGCGAGCAUGAUCUCAAGGGAGCCGUGAGCGAGGUGAUGAAUGUGAAGGGCAUUUUCGGUAUUCAGAAUCUGCGUGUGUGGAGCUUCACUAACUCGGAUAUUGUGGGGACCAUCCAUCUUCAUGUAUCGGCGGAUACCGAUAAGGCUUCUGUCAGAAAACGGGUUUCCCACAUUUUGCAUGAUGCUGGGAUUAAGGAUUUGGAAAUGCAGCUCGAAUACGUCAACUAGGGGAAUCUUUUUCUAACCUUCUCUAACAAGCCAUUCCGAAUACAUUGUUAUGGUGAGUUUGAAUAGUUAGUUCACUUUCGUAUUGUUCGCUAUGAAUUUGGUUCGCACUCGUUACUUUUAUUUCUGCAAAAGAAUUGGUGGUCUUUGCAUAUAUGCGUAAGAGAAUUAUGUUAAUUAUAUCUAUAAUCCCGAGAUGUUUGUGUACGAUAAUUUUAAAAUCGAUGAAAUUUGAGAAGGUCGAUAUCCAUUUUAAAUGAUUUUAUAUAUAUACACUUAUUGAAGUUUCUUGUUUCAAUGAUUUCAGAUCUUAGAGCUCGGGUUUUACGGGGAGUAAGGUUUUCUCUUCUGAUACAUAGAAAUAGUGUGACGAAAUCGAUCAUCGAUUCGACAUGUUUUACUUGUACAGGCUGCUACAGAUUAUCUAUAUUUAUGCAGAAACUGAAUUUGAAUUCUGUUGAAUAGUGAAAUGUGUAACCUUUAUAGAGAUUUAACUUAUGUUACAUGACUGAAAUUGUACUUGUAUUAACAUAUGAAACUAACAUUAAUUUUA